AGUUUCUUCUGAUAAAUACUCAUUAACCAAUAAUGUCAAGUUUCUGAGAUGUACAUAAAUAUAGUAAUGUAUACUUUAAUUAUGAGACAUUGAGACUUGUUCUACUCGCAGGCUGCGUAACUGUGCGUCGAACUUUAUUUUAUUUUUGUUUCGUCAUGUCAUACAUUUAGAAAAAUAAUUUGAACAAUGACUAGGGUAUUAAUAAUAGUGUCAGUUAUUUUGAUCAAUGCUUAUUUGACGAAACAAGCAUAUUUUUUGGAAAAAGAUUUCAUCGAUAACAUCAAUAAACAGGCAACAACGUGGAAGGCUGGUGUUAAUUUUGAUCCAAAUACGCCAAAAGAACACAUCUUAAGACUUUUGGGAUCGGAAGAAAUUCCCAUUAAAUUUGACUCGAGGAAGAAAUGGACACGUUGCAAAACUAUUGGAGAAGUUCGAGAUCAAGGAAAUUGCAGAUCGGAUUGGGCGUUGUCAACGAGCUCAGCUUUUUCGGACCGCCUGUGCGUGGCUACAAAUGGAGAUUUCAAUCAACUUUUAUCCGCCGAAGAAAUCACAUUUUGAUGUCACAACUGUGGUGAUGGAUGUUCAGGAGGUCAUCCGAUUAGAGCUUGGAAGCGUUUUAAUAAACACGGCCUUGUUACCGGAGGAGAUUAUAAAUCAGAUCAGGGAUGUCAACCAUAUACAGUCCCUCCUUGUCCAUAUGACGAACAAGGGAAAAAAACAUGCUCAGAUCAACCAAUGGAAUCUAAUCAUAAAUGCAUGACAACGUGUUACGGAGAAAAAGAUCUUGAUUACCAAAAAGAUCACAGAUACACUAGAGACUAUUAUAACCUCAAUUAUAGAAUUAUCCAAAAAGACUUGAUGAAUUAUGGACCAAUUGAAGCAUCGUUCGAUGUGUAUGACGAUUUUCCCAGCUACAAGUCAGGCAUUUACGUGAAAUCAGAAAAUGCCUCAUAUUUAGGAGGACACUCCGUGAAGCUGAUCGGUUGGGGUGAAGAAUACGGAGUCCUAUAUUGGUUGAUGGUCAACUCCUGGAAUUCAGAUUGGGGUGAUAAAGGUUUAUUCAAAAUUCGACGAGGCACAAAUGAAUGUGGAGUCGACAAUUCAACAACAGGAGGUGUCCCCGCCACUUAAUAAAUUAUGCAUUUAUUGAAAAAUAUUUUUAAUAUUUUUAUGUAUGAACACUGUCAUAUUAUAUUUUUGAUUGUUACCACUUCAACUAUAAUGUUAAGUAUAGUUGAUUUGACGUUUUUAUACACCGCGGCGAUUUUAUGUUGUCUGUACAGAGGAGAUAAUUGUUGUUUUCUUACACUAUGACAUGUUACGAUCUCGUUAAAAAAGUGUUGCUAAAUCAUAAUUAUUUUUACCAAGAAUAUUAUAUUAUUUUAAUACUUCUUUGGUCUAUUCGUGUAUUACACGUGCACAUAAAAAAUAUUGCUUACUUAUUUACUGAUCUUAGUUUAAGUUUUUAUUCAGUCUACCAUAAUAUAUUAUUAAUAAAUAAGCUUAGUUCUCUUGGCGUUUAUGGCA